GUGCGGUUCGUGCGGCUCUGACCGUCAUUUCCCCCUCCAGACUGACUGCAAAGGUCGGGGGAAACCAUGAGUGGGCUGAUUUAACUGACGGGACAAGGAGCGGUGACAGCAGGGGGUCACGGUGCAACUACCAGGGAGGCUCUGGUCCCUGGACGAAGCCAACCUCAAGGAACCUCAAUGAAGACUUGAGUUUGGGAGGAACUCCACUGGGAAGAGGGAAAACCAAGAGAAGGAGGAAACUGGGAUAAAAACGAGGUUGGAAACUCAAAGCUGCCAGUUCCAGGAGAAGUGGAAGGAGCUGCUGUUAAAGCAACAUGAUCUGGUGCGUCUUAUCCUAAAAAUACCUCCGUUCAGGCAGCGGCCUGUCUGCGUCCUGCCUGAUUACCUGCUCAUCAACAAUUCCUUUUGCAGACAGCAGAUAGCAUCACUUUUACAAUAUUUAACAGCUGUACAGAUGUUACUGAAGUUUUCCUGUUCCUGAUGAGUCAAAUGGAUGGAUUAUAACUGGACCUGCUGAUUUUAGGCCCUAAGUAUUUACCCACCUAGACGUCCAACCAUGAGAAAAGCUGAUGUAGCAAUGACCCUGAAGAAGGGGCCCGAUGAGGCAGCAGCGCCCCAAAGUCCCAUCAUCCCCCCCAAACGGUCCAAAACGGCCCUGGAGCAGGUAGUCCCCGAAUCCCGGAGCCCCGGCCAUCCCGACCCGUCUCCUCCCGUUUUCACCCGGAAAAUGCGGAACGCGGCGGUGGGAACCGGCUGCGACAUCCGCCUGAAGGUGACCGUGGUUGGGGACCCCCAGCCGUCCCUGUACUGGUACCACAACGACGAGCUGCUCAACAUGGAGAACCAGGAGUACGGAGGCCUGUGGAUCAGGGACUGCAAGCCCAGCGAUGCUGGUCUCUACACCUGCAUCGCCAACAAUCACCUGGGAGAAUCCCGGACCAGCGCCGUGCUGGCCGUCCUGGACCUGGGAGAAGACUCUGAGACAACAGAAGAUGAAGGCGGCGACCAGUUCGAGACCAAAGAGGAAUACAGGGAGGACCGGGCCGCGCAUGAAACAGUGAUGGAGAAAUGUGGGGAGGACAGAAGUAGAACACAUGGACUCGAGGAUUUCUCUACCAGAAGCCAAGACGAUUUUGCAAGAGAAUCUCCUCCCCAAGUUCUUCCACCGCCAUCGCCAAGGCUGGUCAAGCGCGGCCCGCCGUCUCCGAUGCCAAGCCGCUCUGGUUCAACCACUCCCGUCAGCUCGCGGAAGAAGAUUGUUGUGCCAACUGAAUACCAAGACACGGUUCCAGGAGAGUUUGAGGAAAAGACAAAGCAGCCAAAAGGUGUUUCUCAGGGAGGUGGCCAGGACUCCAGGCCACAGACCCCACUGAGCGAGUCUUCCCGAAAAGAGUUCAACCUCAGACCUUCUCCCAAGCUGACAAGGGCAAGCUCAAAAGUUUUCGAGAAGGUCCGUGGCUUAGAGGAGCGGCGGCGAAGCCUCGAUAUUCCAGAAGGUUCUGUCUCGGGAAGGUCCUGGGCGGGGUUCAACCGUGCUGGGUCGGUAGAUUCAGACGACGGUGGAAGCCGGUUGGGCAUCUCCAGGGAGAGUUCAAGAGAAGAUCUUCGAGAAGCUUUGAAAGAGGAUGCUGCUGAACGGAGAUUCAUGUUUAAGCAGAGAGCUGCUUCCCUGGAGGAGAAACCACGCUACUCUCAAAAGGUUCAGGACAUUGAGAACAAGUUCACGGAAGAGCUCCAGCGCAUCAAGAAACUGGUUGGGAAACCCCAUCUAAAGAAAUCCUUCUCCACCGAACAGCUCAGCCUGAAGGGGAGGCAGCGCCAGCCUUUCAGGAAAAUCGAACCGAUUCCUCCACAAGUUCUACAGAAGCUGCAAGAAAGAGAACGAGCUCAGUGGGAAAAGGAGCAAAGGGAGAAGGACCUGAGUCAGCAACCAAUGCAGCAACAGCAGCAGGAACUGCAUCAACCCCAGAAGACAACAGCAACUGGCCCAACAGCGGAGAGAUUCAGAGACGCCCCAGGGCCGCCGGAGUCGGUGCAGUUAUCAGAGCUGCCGGGUCAACGGUUCGUCCGGGAGUUACACAGAGUCAGUCCGGUAGUAGAAACGCUUCCCAGGUCGUCGUCACCAGCAUUGCAUCAACAGCAAAGGGCCGAGUCGCCCAGUGUCAUAAUGACACUGCGAAAGGUGGAGCGACGGCCCCCGAGUCCGCUUGUUCAAAGAGUUUCUCGAAUGCAAGAAUCGUCUCACAGUCAAGAGCCAGAGACAGGGAGGAAGACGCCCGUUGAGGUGGCAGUGAGAAAAAUUGAAAACAGACCUGAAAGUCCUCUGGUGCAGAAAAGGGUUGUCAUUAUGCAAGAUCUUCACCUUCAGCCUCGUCCAAAAUCUCCACGGGUAACGUCCGUCACCCCAACAGAGGACGUGACGGAGGUGUCCAAACCGGUCCCGCAGCUAAAGGUCCCUACGAUUAUUGUUGAAGACGAGAAAAUGGACGUGGACGUUCCUGCAAAGACAAAAGAGCCCAAGCAGACGGGUAUAAGUGCCAAGGAGGGAAAACCUCCAAAGACGAAAGGGAAGAGCCGCCGUCCUCGUCCCCUGUCUCCAGAGUUAGAUUCCUCAGACGAUUCGUACGUCUCUGCUGGAGAAGACCCGAUGGAGGCUCCCGUGUUUGAGUUUAGCCUCCAGGACACCGAAGCAUCCGCUGGCGCAGACGUCCUACUGAAAACCAUAAUCGUAGGAACUCCAUGUCCUGAAGUUACCUGGACAAAAGACAACAUGGAUGUCACAGCCAUGCCGAGCUACCUGGUCAAAGUGGAAGGCGAACGACACAGUCUGCUCAUAAGAUCAGCUAAAACAGCUGACAGUGGGAAAUACUGUGUGACUGCAGUGAAUCAGAUGGGAAGAGCCACCAGCAGCGCCACACUCACCGUCAAAGCAGACUCUGUGCAGGAGCUGAAAGGAGGUUUGGGUGUGCCGAUGGAAAUCAGCAGCCCGAUAACUUCUGACGAAGAGUAUUUAAGUCCUUUGGAGGAAGCCACGGACUUCGGAGCUCAAGAGCCGAGACGAACUAUUGACACAAGAUUCAGGGAACCUCCUGCUUUUCUGGCAACAAUGGCCGACCAGUCCGUCACUGAAGGACAGGAAGUCAGCAUGUCUGUUCGGAUCGCAGGACAGCCGAAGCCGCUGCUCUACUGGCUGAGGGACAGAGUGACGGUGAAGUCGGACGCCCGUCACGUCGUUCGGGAGGCAGCGGACGGCGCCUUCGAGAUGACCAUCAGGUCUGCGGCCAAAUCCGACUCUGGAGUUUAUACGUGUCGCAUCAUCAACGAGUACGGCACCAAGCAGUGCGAAGCCAGGCUGGAGGUCAAAGCUCCUCCGGUCGAGCCGGGUCUGUCCGUUGUUCGCCCGGUGAGGGACAUCACGGCGAAGGCGGGAGAGACGGUUCUGUUCGAGUGUCACGCCGUUGGGCCGAAGGACACCGACGUGGACUGGCUGGCGGACGGGAAGCUGAUCCAACCCGCCCUGCUGAACUGCAAGAUGCACUUCGACGGCAGGAAGUGCCGCCUGCUGCUCAACUCCGUCCACGAGGACGACAGCGGGACUUACACCUGCAAGCUCAGCACCGCCAAAGAGGAAGUGACGUCCAGCGGGAAACUCAAGGUGAUUCCGUCACUGGAGCCUCUGUUCACUCGGAAGUUGGACGUUCUGGAAGUGAUUGAGGGUCGAAACGCUCGGUUCGACUGCAAAGUGAGCGGGACGCCGCCGCCGAAGGUCCUCUGGAGCCACUUUGACCAGCCGCUCAUUGAAAGCGAAGACGUCCGGAUGGUCCAGGAGGGCGGCCGCCAUUCUCUCAUCAUUUCUCACGUGACGAGUGAUGAUGAAGGUUUUUACACCAUCAGAGCCCGAAACGCUCACGGAGAAGCCGAGAACUCUGCUGAACUCUACAUCCAAGAGCCGCGGCCGGCCAUCUCCUCUCAGAUGGCCAAACUGGAGAAGAUGCCCUCCAUCCCAGAGGAGCCCGAGGUCCCGGAGAACGAGGUGGAGCGCUUCACCAUGCCCGACUUCAUCAAGCCUCUCUACGACCUGGAUGUGGUCGAGGGGAAGGAGGCGGUGCUGAAGUGCAAAGUGGCCGGCCUGCCGUACCCGACCAUCACCUGGUUCCAAAACGGCCGGAGGAUAGAGAGCACCGAGGACAGGAAGAUGACGCAGUUCCGUGACGUUCACAGCCUGGUCAUCCGCUCUGUGUGUCAUGCUCAUGGUGGCGUUUAUAAGAGCGUGAUCGCCAACAAGGUGGGAAAGGCCACCUGCUAUGCACAUCUCUAUGUUACAGAUAUUCUUCCUGAUCCUCCUGAUGGUACUCCAGUGAUUGAGUCCAUCACUGGAAAAACCAUCACUUUGAGCUGGAAGAAACCCAGAAGGUUGGACCCUUCCAUUGAUCCCAACUCCCUAAUGUAUGCCAUCCAGCAGCAAGCACUUGGCUCCAUCCAGUGGAUCAUAAUCGCCUCUGGUCUGAAGGAAACCACUUACAUCAUCAGUACUCUCUCCAAAGGCGUCCGCUACGCAUUCAGGGUCCUGACCAUCACCUCCAAAGCCUUCAGCAAACCCUCCCCAGCCACCGAUCCAGUCCAGCUCCUGGACAGAGGUCCGUACCUUCAGGAGGCUCCAGUGAUCAUUGAUAAACCAGACAUUGUGUAUGUGAUUGAAAACCAGUCAGUCACAAUCUCCAUCACUCUGAAUCAUGUCAACACUGCAGUCACCUGGAAGAGGAAAGGAGUGACUCUGACCAACAAGCCCGGCCUGUAUGAGAUGGCGAUGCCAGACGACGACCAGCACACGCUGAAGCUGCUGAAGGUGAAGAGUUCGGACUUCGGUGAGAUGACCUUUGUGGCCACCAAUGAGUUUGGAAGCGACAGCUGCAGCUUCAGCGUGGAGACGGCCGCUCCGCCGACAUUUGAGACGAUCAUGGAAGACCUGGACGUCUGUUCUGGGGAGACGCCUCGCUUUGCAGUGGUGGUGGAGGGCAAACCUGUCCCCGACAUCCUCUGGUUCAAGGGGGACGUCCUGCUGUCAGAGAGCAGUCACUACACCUUCGUCUAUGAUGACAACGAAUGCUCCCUGGUGGUGCUGAACGCGCACCCUGAGGACUCCGGCGUGUACACCUGUACGGCCCGAAACCUGGCCGGAUCCGUGUCCUGCAAAGCCGAACUCACCGUUCAUCAGGCUAAGAGGAAGGAGGAACCCAUUGAUGAUGAGGAGAGUAUCCUGAGGAAGAUGCGCAGACUGACCGAUUACUACGACGUCCUCAAGGAAAUUGGAAGGGGAACGUUUUCCUACGUGAAGCGGGUGAAGCAGAAAGCCACCAAAACGGAGUACGCCGCAAAAUUCAUCUCGGCUCGAGCGAAAAGGAAGGCGUCGGCUCUGAGAGAGAUGAGACUGCUGUCCAAGCUGGACCACGAGAGAGUCCUCUACUUCCAUGACGCCUUUGAGAAGAAGAACGCAGUCGUCAUCAUCACAGAGAUCUGCCAUGAGGAGCUGCUGGACAGACUUAACAGGAAAUCCACCAUCCUGGAGUCUGAUGUGCGUUCAUGUGUGCGACAACUGCUGGAGGGACUGGACUACCUUCACCAUCUGAACAUCAUCCACCUGGACAUAAAGCCCGAUAACAUCCUCAUGGUGGAUCACCAAAGCGAUCAGAUCCGUUUAUGUGAUUUCGGAAACGCCGUUGAGUUCACGCCUGAUGAGGCUCAGUACUGCAAAUACGGCACACCCGAAUUUGUUGCACCAGAAAUCGUCAACCAGACGCCUGUUUCAAAAGCCACCGAUAUAUGGCCUGUCGGGGUUAUAUCAUACCUGUGCCUGACUGGAAUCUCCCCGUUUGCCGGGGAAAGCGACCGGAGCUCCGUCCUGAACAUCAGGAACUACAACGUGGCUUUUGAAGAGAACAUGUUUGCUGAUCUUUGCCGAGAGGCUAAAGGGUUUAUCAUCAAGCUGCUGGUAGCGGACAGGCUGAGACCCGAUACCCAGGAGUGUCUUCGACAUCCGUGGUUCAAGAUACUAAGCAAGGGGAAGGCCAUCAGUACAGAAGGUCUGAAGAAGUUUGCUGCUCGCAGAAAAUGGCAGCGUUCCAUAAUUGGCUAUAAAUCAAAAAUGGUCAUGAGAUCCAUACCAGAGCUGCUGAACGAUUCCUCGAGCCACACCUCGAUUGCCGUCCAGAGGCACCAGAAAGAAGGCUCGCCCCUGCCAUCUUCAUCGUCUGAUUCAGACGAAGACAUUGAUGAACUGCCUUUUAUUCCAAUGCCUCUCAACAUGGACUUCUCUGGAUCACGAAUGUCACUGAAUGACAUUCAGACCAAUGAGCAGGAAUCAGGAAAGGAGAAUGAAACAAGUCUAUCUUCCCAAAGUCUGGAGGCCAUGGAGUUUGACUCUCAGGAGCAGGAAAGAGUAAGAGGCGAGGCCAGGGGGAAAGGCCGUCUUCGAAAACGAUCAUCGGAAGACAACGACAGGGGUUUCUCAGAGGAAUCACCUCUGAGUGAACUGAUCCAAAAGUCAGAACAAUCCAGAAAACCCCUUAGAAGAGGAUCAAGCAUGGAGUCUGACAAGGUGGAAGGAGGCCGGAAAAGAGGGGAACUACGGCGUGGUGGUUCGGCUGACAGUGCUUUGCUGCUUCGGAUUACACCCGAGGAAGGAGCGGGAGAAGAAAACCCCGAGGAAGGACGGAGAGUCCUAAAGAAAGCUGUCUCCAUGGAACUACCGAGGAGGAGCACCAGCCCUGGAACCGCAAAGAUGAGUCAGGAAGACUAUGCUCUGAAACUGGAGCUAAUGAGGCAGCGACUGCUUCGUGGUGGUUCUGUAGACAACAAGAUGAGUGGCCUGAGAGGACCUCUUUUAGAAACAUUAGGGAUGGGAGACGAAAAGCGAGCAAUACCUUCAGAUCGCUACUCUCGCACUGCUCGUCUGGGCCCACCUCCCCUUACCAGAGCUGCAUCCAGUGACUUUCCAAGGGACGAGGUGCCUAAACCUAAAGUUCUACGUAAAAGCACUUCUUUCAGUCAAGGGGAUUCAGAACCUAUAGCUUUACAUCGACGAUCAGGAGCACCUUUGGAGAUUCCUGUCGCACAAGUAGAAGAAAGGCGGCUUAAAGAAGCAAUUUCCAUGUCGGCUCUAACGGAGCAAACCAAGCUAGACUCCCGUCCAGAGACUCCCAGGGAAUCUUCCCCAAAACCACCGACUCCAGAGCCAGUUGUGCAAGAAAAUCAAUCCAAAACAGAGAGUCAGGAUUCAUUGAUGGAGAAAGAUGUUCGAACAGAUGAGACUGUGAGUGAAAAGAUGGAUGGACUGACUGCAGACAGUAAUUUUGAUGAAAGAUCUAGCACAAGUGGAUUCUCAGAGAAGGACAUGAGUAUUUCAGAGGAACCAUUGACUGAAGGAGAUAACAUGGGCCAGAGUAUUCACACACCUUCUGACAUGGCCCAAAGCUCUUUAGCAGAAGAGAAAAUGCAAGAGGAGAAAGAGAGCGAAAAGGUGUACAAAGAAAAACGAGACUUGGUAAAAAAAGAUGACGAAAGAGUUGACUAUGCAGUUGAGUCAAAAGCUAAAGAAAAUGCAGACGAGAAGACAAGUACUCCAAUAACAUCUUCUGAGAUGAUCAUAAGCACAAGUUCGGUUAUGGUGAAACCAACACAAGAACCUUACCAGCCCCCAGCCGCUGUUGCUUCAACAUAUAUAACACCCUCACCUCCUACCCGAGUUGUUCUUCCAGAUGGAAGAGUGUCAGCUUAUGCCAGCAUAAUGCAGACCAUCAUGGUGCCUUCCCUUCAGCCUCUGAAUGAGGCGCCCCUUUCCCCUUCCACUCCAGUUGUUCCAACCAAUACUGGCACAUCAUCUGACUUACUCAUUUCACCUAAGCCAAUCAUGUCAACCACCGAGCACCCUGCAGUCUACUCUAGAGUCGCAUCGCCGGAAAUGAUCACAAAAGAACCCAGUCCGCCGAAGACCUAUUCACAAACGUCACCCCAGCAAGACGUCUCAGCCGGCCCUGACUUAGAAGAUAUGACCUCUGAAGAGGUUUUUGAGGCCCGCUUCAAAAAACGUGAGUCUUCCCUCACAAGGAGUCUGAAGUUUCUCUCGAGAUCAAAGAAUGAAGACAGUACACCGGCCAUCCAGGCAACAUCAGACACAUCUGAAGAAAUAUACAGACCUGGGCCGAUUGGCGCUCCCUUACAGUUAGCCUCAAGAAGGCUUGAGGAAAAGUCCAAGUCAGUCCAAGAUCUUCGUGAAGCUCAAAAGGAUCAAGGGUUCAUGAGGAGACUCUCUAUGCGCUUGAAGAGAACUCCAUCGACAGAGCGCACAGAUGAAGUACCGAAAGACGACGACUCAGCAAGUUUAAGACAAAGGCUGUCUUGGAGUCUUGGCAGACGAGGUUCUCAGGAAAGGAAAGAGGUAGAGAUGACCAGGAUGGAUGGAGAAGGGGAUAAGCCAGUGGAUGAAAAGGAGCUGAAGAAACCUAAUGAAUCACCAGUGUUGGCGAUGCGCAGAAAGAUUGAAUCAACCGUGGCAGGGAUCUCCACAAGAAUUCGAAGUUACUCAGAAGAGAGACGAGCCUCAGAAGACAAGGAAACAAAACGAGCACCAAUUCUUUCUAUGCUUCGUAGAUCGACAUCAGAGAGUCGAGCGAUGAAACCUAUCAUUGUUCCUCAGAACCAACUGGCGUCUCAGGUCACUAAUGGCGCCUCAUCCGAGUCUCUUGACUCGAUGUCCAGCCUAAAGUCAGACACAUCCAAGGGUAUUGAAGUUGAGCGGAGAUCCAGAUGGGAUCGAUGGGGCUUGACAAGAGGCAAACGAGACAAAACAAUAUCACAGCCUGACUUACCAACAGCCAUCUCCCGAGACAACAGUUCCUUACGUUCACGGCAGUACUCCAAAUUAGCUUCAGAUUUUCCUCCUGUUUUCCAUAUCAAGCUCAGAGAUCAUGUCCUCCUGGAGGGUGACCCAGUAACCCUGAGCUGUCUGCCAGCUGGAAGCCCCCAUCCACACAUCGCCUGGGUAAAAGACAAGAAGCCUUUAGAAAUCGAUGCUAGAAUGAACAUGAUUUCCUGCCCUGAUGGCCGACAGCUGCUGAUGAUCAUGCAAACCACCAAAAAAGAUGCUGGGGUGUACGAGUGUGUUGCUACGAACCCCCUGGCCGCCGUGUCCAGCUCUUGCACUAUAUCCCUCGCUCGCCUGCCUAAUCGUCCUGGGACCCCAGAGAUUCCUCAGAAAUAUAACAACACAGCGUUAGUGGUGUGGCGUCCCUCGGACAAUAUGGCCCCCUGCACCUACUCUCUGGAGAGGAGAGCAGAAGGUGAAAGCAACUGGCUGAUAGUUGCAACCGGAGUGGCAGAUUGUUACUACAAUGUGACUGACCUGCCAGCAGGGGGCGCCUUCAGGUUCAGAGUGGCUUGUGUCAACAAAGCCGGUCAGGGCCCCUACAGCAACCUGUCAGAAGUUGUGACUCUGGAUCCCACUGAACCAGCCAAGUCCAGUUCUUCUGUGGUGGUGAAGACCGUUCCUGCCACAAGUCCGACACCCCCUGUGGUCAUGAUGUCGUCCAUGAAAGUGCCUCCCAUUAAACCAGCUCCCAGUAAAUCCACUGCUGUGACCACAGUCCCAUCUCCUGCAUCUUCGGUGGCUAAAUCUCCCUCUCCUGUAGCCAUGAAGCCAGCUGUUGGCCAUCCUGCAGGAACUGAACCCGCCUCAGCUGACCAGGCGCCAGUCACACCUCCGAAAGCCAAGACCUCCAUCAGCAUCAGCGUCAGCAAACCUCAGGCCAAGCUGAUGCCUCCCCCUGUUGUUCCACCCAAACCCCAGAGUCCUGUUCUCCCCUCAACGACCAACAAGCCACCUUCUCCGGUACCAACGUCUGCUCCUCCGAUCGGGAAGCCGAUUUCCUCCGUGCCAAUGUAUGUUCCCACAGCAACAGCUCGUUCUACGCCUCCUUCUCAAGUUGCUCCCACCCCGGCGACAACGGCGCCCUCCGCCACUCCGCUCGCGCUUUCCCCUCCCGUCGUGAUAGUGCAGAGCCUGACGCCGGUUCUGCAGGGAGGGGACAGUCGCGGUACUCCAAGUGGACGGAUCACCCCGUCUGGACGCCUCACACCGUCUGGACGCAGGACGCCGCUGGCCAAGGCAGGCGAGGGAUCCUUACGCCAGGGCGUCCCGCAGAAACCUUACACCUUCAUGGACGAGAAAGCAAGAGGCCGGUUCGGUGUGAUCCGGGAGUGUCGAGAGAACGCCACAGGAAACCUCUUCAUGGCGAAGAUCGUUCCCUACGAGGCGGACACCAAGCAGGCGGUGCUGCAGGAGUACGACAUCCUCAAGUCCCUCCACCACGACCGGAUCAUGGCGCUGCACGAGGCCUACGUCACGCCGCGCUACCUGGUGCUCAUCUCUGAGUACUGCAGCGGGAGGGAGUUGCUCUACAGCCUCAUAGAAAGGUUCCGUUACUCUGAGGAUGACGUGGUGACGUACAUCGUCCAGAUGCUGCAGGGUCUGGACUACCUUCACGCGCGCCGCAUUCUGCACCUGGACAUCAAGCCAGAGAACAUCGUCGUGACGCACAUGAACCUCAUCAAGAUCAUCGACUUUGGCAGCGCUCAGACGUACAACCCUCUGUUCCUCAAGCAGUUCAGCCCUCCGAUCGGAACGCUGGACUACAUGUCGCCGGAGAUGUUGAAGGGAGACGUUGUGGGUCCUCCGGCUGACAUCUGGAGCGUGGGUGUGUUGACUUUCAUCAUGUUGAGCGGCAGGUUGCCUUUCAUGGAAAAUGAUCCUCAGGAGACUGAAGCCAAGAUCCUGGCCGCCAAGUUUGACCUCUCCAAACUCUACCAGAAUGUGUCCCAAAGUGCCUCCUUGUUCCUGAAGAAGAUCCUCUGUAGCUACCCCUGGGCCCGUCCGUCCAUCAAGGACUGCUUCAGUAACUCCUGGCUUCAAGAUGCCUACCUGAUGCGGCUCCGCAGGCAGACGCUCACCUUUACAACCACGCGUCUCAAGGAGUUCCUGGCCGACCAGCAGCGGCGGCGGCAGGAAGUCGCCACCAAGCACAAGGUGCUGCUGCGGUCCUACUCCAGUUCGCCACAAACGCCCACCAGCCCCAGCGCGCCGACUGUGCCCGUGUCAGCCUCCACACCUGUGACUCAGUGAAAACAGGCUUCCAGACAUCAGCUGGCAGGACGCGGCGUGCCGCACACCACUUCCUGGUUCCCAACAGGAAGCUGAGAAACUUCCUUCACCGCUAAGGGAACUCUGGGUAAACCUGAAGGAAGCGGUAUGAACAUCGUCAUACAGAAGAGGAGGACGCUGUCUUCAAACUAUACCUCAAAGUUUGCAACUUUUACAUUCGUUUUGAAUUGAAUCCUUCUUUUCGUACCUCUAAGUUUACGACGAUGAGAGAAUCACGUUGCAGGAGCCUGAAGCGGAAGGCUUCACGCUGUAAUUAGUCAGUGUAAAUAAAACGCUCUCCUCCAAACUGAGGAACACAUAUCGUUCAACAAAAUCCUUAUUUAGAUUAGGGCUGGGCAAUAUGGCUGAAAAACAUAUCACAAUAUAGGCGUUUCAUAUCAGUCAAUAUUGAUAACUAUUGAUUAGUUUUUUUGUUUUGAAUACUGCCAAACUGGUGGCGUGACCGUUCUGGUUUACCCAGUUUCCUCUCUGCUCCGUUCUUUAGUUUCAGGCACUUAUUGGACACGAUGGGGGAACUUCAACCUGCUGCUGGCUUCGUUACCCAGCAGGCUGUUGCGAGGUAACUAGAGAGAGCUGAUGAGUUGGUUGAUUCCACCAGCUUUGUUAAGCUAGUCUGGAGAGGUUGAACAGCUAAAGUCUUUCCUCUGCCUACAUCCCCCAGAAUGCCGUGCGGUUCUGGAUCGGACUUCAGUGAAAUUACUGAACAUUCUAUCUAUUGAUAUUGAUCACAUGUCUAUUGCAAUAUAUAUUGUUAUUUAUUUAUUGUCCAGCCCUAUAGAAAGGAACACAGUUUAUGUUGCUUCUGUUUCCCAGAUCAACAGUGGUUAACGCUGUUCUCGAACGCCUCAGCUGUGCUACGCAUGCGCCGAUAUCGCCGUAGCAGCUCAGUGAAGGUCAGGAAUGUAGCAUUUCAAGAAUGAACGACUUCCUGUUUUGAUUGUUUUGUUUCAUGUCUUCAGUUCAGAAGUCACAUCAAUGGCUUCCAUACAAGGGCUACAAGGAAAGAAUCUGAACAUCUGCUCAUCAUACACAGGAAAAAAGCGACGACUGAGUCACUUUUUUAAAUGUUGUGAUACAGUUACUAUCUUUACUCUUCCAUAUAAAACUAAUUUUCUUCUAGCAGGGAUGUUAACAGCAGAAGUGUUUCUCUAACGGCAGGUACGGAGGACAGCAACCUUUAGCAUACAACUAAAAAUGACAGCACCUUUCUACACAAAUAUUAGCAUAUUAAUUUUCAGUCUCAGUCAUAUCUAGUUAGUGAAUCCUAAGGUCUUAAACAACAUUAUGAACUAAUUUAGUAUUCAGAACAGUAAAUAACUGCCUGAAGUUCUCAUAUUGCAAAAAACGGUUUCUAAACUGCUACUUUUCUAACUUCCUGUCGCACCCAGCCAUGCUGCAGUACUAAUACUUGGAACAUAAUAAGCUAAUACUUAGAAAACAAACAGACCUGAAAGUUUUUGGUUUCUUUGAAGCAAAGUCUCAUAGGAGUUUUUAAAUGCUAGUUUUUUAGCUUUCUGUAGCAGCUAGCUACACUACAGUUACAACAUGAUAGUUAAAUUCAGUCAAACUUUGAAAAUAAAUUCUGGCUUUUCUAUUUUUACAAGUUAAAAUGUAUUAAAGAGAUCAUCAGUAAUGAGGCUAGGCUAGCAGUGGUGCAAUGCUAAACUCAGUCACCUACUUUUCAAACUUCCUGAAGUCAGUAGCUGUGCUGUUGUGCUAACAUCAGAUUGAAGAGUCAAGAAGAAAGUCAGUUUGUUAUAUUAUUCCCUUAAUGUGUCACACCAAUUAGAAUUUUGCUAGCAUUAUUUCCCAUGAAACAAAAACAUUUUCUUCCUUCACAGUUUUCUGCUGUUCAGUAGCUAACCCCUUAGCUACUGAACAGCAGUAGCUAAGGGGUUAGCUAGCUGUUUCCAGUUUUAAAUCCUACAGCCUUACAAAGAAAACUAGCCACCCAAAGACUUCCAGUCAGAUAAGUGUGACGUAUUUAAUCCAGAGGUAAUUGCACUUUUUUUUUACAAGCUAAAUAUAGUUUUCACUAUACAUUUUGCUCAAACAGGCUCCAGCUCACUGUUAAUUUGAGCAGGACUAAAGAAAUACCAUAAAUGAAUAACUGGAUUAGAGUUAUUGCAGAGAGUUCAAGAAUUUAAUCUGAAUUACUUUAUAAACCUCUAAAUACCCCCAAAGAGCAGCAGCUAGCAUGUAAAGGUUACAGAAAUUCUUGUUUUAGCUAAUGCUGUUUUUGUCAUUUUCUUUUUGUACAAUAUUGUUUCUUAAAGGCACAAGUCUUUUGGCAUUGUUAAUUAUUUACAACAUACUGUAAACUGAAUGUCAGAAUCAGACACUCAAACAUUUCAGCACAUUAACAGCUUCAGAUUCUUGUCAUUUUUUCAUAGAUAAACGGUUCAGCUGGUUUAGUUUUAUGUACAGUGAACCCUGCCUAGGUUCAGGUUUGUGGGAAAAUGUGAUCAUUUACAUUUUUUUUUCCAUAAAUGCACCUUGAGAAGCUAUUGGCUGGUGUUUACAAAGCAGCCAAUCUGGAAGUGCCAUUUUCUUUCCUUGGCACUGAUUGGCUGUAACCCCAAGACAGGAACUAAGGAAGACUGUGAAUGUUAGCUUGUUCCCACUUUGGGUAUUGAUUAAUAUUAAGGUAUGUUUUGUGUUUGAACUAUUAAAGUUGGCAGUUUUUUUAAGUUAUUGCAGAUUUUAGCUGUUGGCUGUGGUCACUAGCCUCCACAGGGUUCACUGUAUCUUUCCUUUCUAUCUGGUCACGUUUGAUUUUAAAAGCAGCAGAUAUAACAUUUUUAUAUGGAAGCACAUUUUAAAGUAACUUAAGAAAAAUAAGAAGUCAUUUCAAGAAGUCACCAGUUAUAUAUUUAUAUGUUUACAUCUGACAAUGCUGCUGAUUUUUCUGUGAAAUUCUUUCACAGGUUUAUUUAUUCUGUUUGGUUUGGCCGACUGAUUCUUCCCCUCUUCUAUGUUUGCAUUGCAGUCAUUUUUCUAUGCAGAAAACUUCAACCUGAAUGAAAACAUGGGCAUGCAAGUGCAGAACAAAGUGUUGUGCAGAAUGAGAACCCAAUUCCUCAAUGACGAAAUGAAGUGACAGGGUUUCGGCACGUUUUGUAGAAUAAUCAGAAGAUAUUUUGUUGCAGUGCCUCGUGAUGAAGUGUAGACCUAGAGGGUAAAAAUAAUGUAGUUUAAAGGAUGACUUGUUUAUUUUUAAUGUGAGCGCUUUGUGUGUGCGUGUGUGUGUUUUGGCUAAAAUUGUUCACUUCUUGAGCGACUGUGUUUGUCACUACGGCUUCAGCUUUUUAUUUGUGAAAUCUUCUGAGUCUGGCAUGGAAAUGGCAUGACAGGUGUUACAGUUAUGAAAAAUAAAGGAAACAUAAUUAAA